AUAGGGUAAAAUAUAUGAUUAUGACUAAACUCAUGGGAGGAAAAAGUAAUUUACCCUAAUUUUUCUUGGGUACAAGAUUGCUCAAUGCUUGCUCGUGGAUAUGUAUGUUCAACUUUAUGCAAGCAAUUCGGCAGCUCAAUUUCAGAUAGGCGGAAAGUUUUGCAAGGCCGUGCAGAUUGCAUGUUUUCAUCGGUUGUAUCUGCGAUUUGUCAGACUUAGAUAAUUCAUAAGCUUCGCCGAGUCCUUGCGAUUGCUUAUGGGCUAUGGGAGUUACCCUCUUCACCAGUUGCAAAAGCCACUACACUCCUUCACAAGGUAAACAAUGCAAGUACGCGGGCCAAUCAGUGAGAGCGUUGCCAAUUCGAAUCCUAACGGUGGGAAAGAAGAGGUCGCCGGGGGUUCAGCUCAUACUUGACGAGUACAUUGAGAAGCUCAAGCAUUAUUGCCCCGUUGAAGAUGUUCGAUUAAAGUCCAACCCUAAAAAUGCUCGUGAUGUGAUGGCUCAGAUUGAACAUGAAGAUAUAGCUGUAAUGGGCCUUAUCAAAUCCAAUGAAUGGGUUGUGAUGUUGGAUGAGCGUGGAAUCAACAUGGGGUCUGAGCAAAUGGCUUCUCUAAUUGGGGAUGCUGGAAAUACAGGUGCUUCAAGCAUACUGUUCUGCAUUGGCGGACCUUAUGGUCAUGGAAGACAAUUGAGAGAGCGAGCCGAUGUAUCAGUCAAGUUGUCAUCUUUGGUCUUAAAUCAUGAAGUUGCAUUAGUCGUACUCGUAGAGCAACUUUACAGGGCUUGGACUAUCCUCAAAGGCCAGAAGUAUCAUCAUUAGAUGUUACACCAUCAUUAGUCAAUGGAGAAAGGCCACGUGACGAUAGUAUUCAUGGGUGUAUGUUGAAUAUGCAGCCAUUCCCCAAAGCAGUUAAGAUUAUUGUCGUUUGCUGAAGGGAGAGCAAUCCUGCCACAGUUUUUGGAAGCUUGAGGACCACUUAUAUAAGAUUAUUGUAAAUGGUUGUGAUGGCAUUCCAAUUCAUUUAUAUUCUUUUAAUGUUGGGAAAAAGUAAAUAACUUCCUAGUUUCAUUGGGAUGCAUAUCCGUAAAUUAUCUACAGUGUAAAGGGUAACAGGAUGUUGAUCUCAACAACGUCAAUGAUUAUAACUCAACUCCUACACAAACAUUGACCUGAGUUUUUCAAACACUGAACAACUUAUCAUUUCCUGUCGACAGGUCUUAGUUGGUCCAUCAUUGGCGGUUGAUUCAAUUGCAUUUGCAUUGUUGUUGGUACUGGGAAACAUAAUUAGGCAUCAACCACCCAUUCAAGAAUGCUUAUAACAUUCUUAUUAAGCCAAAAAAAUUAGCGAACGGGUUCUUUUUUGCAUAUGAGAUGACUGCUGAAAGAGAAAAUGCUUCAAAUUUCAUUCAUGGCCAAUGGUAACUCAAUAUAAAGGGAGGGCAACAUUCUGUGAGUGGCCAAAUUAUGUCAUCCUACCCUAACCUAACACUACACCAUUUCCAUAAACUAUGUCAACUAAAGCACAGAAGUGA